AUGCAACUCCUUCAAAAUCACACUUCAUCAAAAGCGGCCAUAGCUGGCCUCUUUGCCCUAGUCACCUUCCUCUCCUUCUUGAUAACAAGAAUUCUUCAGAAGAAACGGGCCAGCCGAAAUCCACCACCACCACCAUCGGCCGCUGGUGUAUGGCCCAUAACAGGCCACCUCCAUCUUCCCAGAGGCCCAGAUCCGACCCACAUAACCUUGGGCUCAAUGGCCGAUAAGUAUGGCCCAAUUUUCUCCAUCAAGCUUGGCUUGCAUCGGGCCAUAGUGGUGAGCGGCUCGGAGAUCGCCAAAGAGUGCUUCACCACCAACGACAAGGCAUUCUCAAACCGCCCCAAGUACCUUGCCGCCGAGCUCCUUGGCUACAACUAUGCCAUGCUCCGGUUCAGCCUGUAUGGCCCGUACUGGCGGCAAGUGUGCAAGACUGCCACCCUCGAGCUCCUCUCGAACCACACCAUCGAGAAACUCCGGCACAUGCGGGAAGCUGAGGUAAGAGCCUCCAUAAAGGAGGCUUACGAAGGGUCGAGCGCGCAAGAAAACAUGCCGAUCGAGAUGAAGAGUUGGUUCAACGCCCUGAACUUCAAUCUUAUCUUCAAGAUGGUGGUGGGGAAGCGAUACGUUGGGACGACGACGGCAUCAGAGGAGGACCACAAUGACAGGUGUCGGAUUGCGCUGAGGAGCUUCUUCGAGUUGGCUGGUCAAUUUGUCGCGUCCAAUGUGUUGCUAUUUUUGAGAUGGUUCGACAUCGGAGGUUACGUUAAGGCAAUGAAGAGGACGGCCAAGGAAUUGGACGAUGUGGUCGGAGGGUGGCUGGAUGAGCACAAGCGCAAGAGGGCUUGUGGAGAGGUCGAAGGUGACCGAGAUUUCAUGGACGCUUUCCAUUCUUGGUAG